CACAGGAGUAUUGUCGUUCAGUCCUCCGGAUUUUACCUCAACUCCGCUCUAGCUCCGUCAGGGAGAGAGGUGGGGACCGAUUCGCGACGAAUCGAUCUAGCCAUCAUGUUUCCAACCGACAGCGUGGUCGCACAAGCUUUCUCCUCCCAGCAUCCACUGGGACAAGCAGGUUCACCCCCUCAGCGAUCGGCAGCACCGGAAAUGCAGAAACGGGAGCCAUUUCCAGCCUGGAGUGUGAUUGAGGAUACCAAGAAGAAGGCAGAUACGCUUGCCAAAGAGGCGUCCCGAGAGUUCGACGUUGCCAGUCAAAAGGCCCAGGCCAAGGCAGGCAAAAUCGAGCCAUGGACUCCCAAGUACUAUGCGGCUUGCACUGUCGGUGGAAUGCUUGCCUGUGGUCUUACCCAUACCGCUGUGACUCCUUUGGACUUGAUCAAGUGUCGCCGUCAGGUCGAUCCUCUGCUGUACAAGAGCAAUCUCGAGGCAUUCCGCACGAUCCGUGGUGCUGAAGGAUUGCGAGGAGUAUUCACCGGUUGGGGCCCAACUUUCUUUGGAUACAGCGCCCAAGGUGCAUUCAAAUACGGCGGCUAUGAGUACUUCAAGAAGUUCUACAGUGACCUUGUGGGCGUGGAGAACGCAACUCGAUGGAAGACCUCCUUGUACCUGGCCGCCAGUGCGUCCGCCGAGCUUAUCGCUGACGUAGCCCUCUGUCCUUUCGAAGCUGUCAAAGUGCGAAUGCAGACGACCAUUCCACCGGACAUCCGGUCGACCUUCACCGGUAUUUCUAAUGUGGUCUCAAAGGAGGGUGUAGCUGGUCUAUACAAGGGUCUUUAUCCUCUGUGGGGACGUCAGAUUCCGUAUACGAUGAUGAAGUUUGCGUCCUUCGAAACCAUUGUCGAGAUGAUCUACAACUACCUACCGGGUCAGAAGUCCGACUACAACAAGGGUGCACAAACCACAGUGGCUUUCACUGGUGGCUACCUGGCUGGUAUCCUUUGCGCUGUUGUGUCGCACCCAGCCGAUGUGAUGGUCAGCAAGCUGAAUGCCAACCGUCAGGCUGGCGAAGCCUUCGGUGCCGCGAUGAGCCGCAUCUAUAAGGACAUUGGAUUCCGCGGUCUCUGGAACGGUCUUCCCGUCCGUAUUGUCAUGAUCGGCACUUUGACCGGACUCCAGUGGAUGAUUUACGACUCGUUCAAGAUCUUCAUGGGUCUGCCGACCACCGGCGGAGGCCCUGCUGCUACGGAGAAGAAGUAGGGUAAGUAGAUGGAGUGCUUGGUAAGUCGAAUGGUCCCAUCUUGUUUUCGUGCGCACACUUGAGACACAACAUCUAUAGUCCAAGAAAAGGGGAUGGUUUCAGUACUAGUAGCACAUCGAAUGUAUUUGUUUCAUGCAUUUAUGAUAUUAUCCACAUUCCAGCCACACCGAGGCCGGUGAUAAAAGCCAGGGCUGCAAUCUGGGCCUGAGGCCUUAUCGGCGGACAAACCCGCUUUAGUCACGCAUGGGGCCAAUCAAACCCGGGAGAGCAUCUUAUCAGCACGGCGACGUCAUCUCCCCAGGGCACGG